GGCCCGAUGCCCUGGUGUGGCGGUUCGCUAAUAGCGGCCCAGUAUGUACUGACCGCAGCCCAUUGUUUCGAUCAGUUAAGCUCACCCAUAGACAACCUAACUGUCCGAUUGGGUGCACAUACAUUCAAAUCAUCAUCGAUGAUGAGUGUUAACCAUAAGGAAACGGGUAGUAGUAGUAGUAGUAGUAAUGAGUACCGGAUUGAUCAGGUAGUCAUACAUCCCGGCUAUGAUACGGAUACUAAACUCAAUGAUAUAGCAUUGGUUAAGCUAAAGGUGCCGCAGCCGUCGGGUAGGAGUGUAGUAUUUGAUAACAACAAUAUUAUGCCCAUAAUUAUACAUAAGUCUAAUAACAAUGAUAGCUAUGAGGGACAGUCGGUUCGUGUAUUGGGUUGGGGUCUAACCGAGGAUCCAGUAUACAAAUCGGCCAAACAAAGCGAAAUACUACAGGAACUGGUGAUCCGUGUCUGGAAUAAUACGGAUUGUAGUCGUGAAGUCCAGGCGUUUACCGAUGAGAUAGUCAUUGGGGACAGUAUGCUGUGCGCCGGCGGCGAUGAACAGGGAGGUCGCGAUGCCUGUCAACACGAUUCGGGCGGUCCGCUGAUACAUAUGAGCGGAAAUCUUUGGCCAGUACUUAUCGGUAUAGUUACCGCAGGUAUUGGCUGCGGUAUGCCUCGUAUGCCCGGUAUAUACACACGUGUCGGCUAUUAUACCGAUUGGAUUAAUCAGGUUAGUAGUAGUAGUAGUAGU